CGACCGGUCGAGGCCCCGUCAGUAGUCAGUACCGCGCGUCGCGUCCAUGCUACCACGCGCUCCUACACAUUUUUUAUCAAAGAACUUUUACCGAAAUCCGAUAUAAUUUUACAUAAACGUGUGUGAAGUGUUGUGGAUCAUAACUUUAGAAAUUAGAAAGUGUCUAGGAUUGUUUCGAAGGCCACCGAUGGCGAGGUGAUGGCGCUCCGCGUGCGCACGCUGGCGUUAUGGUGCGCGGUGGUCGCUUGCGCCGCGGCCUACACCGUCGACUGCAACCAUGAGUACACUGACUGCGAUACUGAACUUAGCAAAUUAGUAAGCGAUGAUGAAGAAGGCCAGUCAGUCGUAACCACACCUUCAACGAUAGAAGUGCGACCAACUACGACUGUUGCAACUCCGACAAGAUCGACAUCUAGAAGUGUUUUAGAAAAUAAGACAGUUGAAAUUACCACUGAGCAAAAUGAAGUAACCGAAACAAUAGUGAAACCUAAGCCUAGACUACUUAAUUUAAAUGUAGACGAGUUGCAAAAUUUUGCCAAUGCAUUACACAACCAAACAAACCAGAGAGAACCAAAGAAGAAUAUAGCCGAUUUAAGUGAUGUAAAUAUGGACGGCGAUGAUGAUGAUGAGCCUCCAAAGUUAUUAGUACAAGAAAGAAAACAAAAUCAAAUGGCGGAUAAAUUUUAUUCCAAUCUACAAGCGCCGUUUCAUCCUUUACUUAAUAUGGAUAAAUCUGAAGAGAUUGAAACGUGCAAAGUGAAUGAAGUAACGUAUAAGCUCGGGGAGAAAAUGGACAGAGGCUGCGAGGAGACAUGCGAAUGUUCGCCUGGAGGCGUGUUUGAAUGUUCACCGCGAUGCAAGCACCCGUACAUACGGAGAGGAAGACGUUUAAGCGAUCCUUUAUGUUUUGAAUCUCCGGUUGAUGAAUGCUGUUCUAUUAUGGCUUGCGCUACUAAUAAUGGAGAUUUAAAACCAACAUCAUUAGAAAUCUGUCGGUAUGGCAACGAUACGUACCAUGUCGGCGCUAAGUGGAACAUUGGCUGCGAACAGACUUGCACUUGCGAGCGCAACUCCGUGGUCACAUGCAAGCCUAGAUGUCAGCGCAUAGCGCAAUCAGACAGAUGCAUCAACGUGCAAGAUCCUAAUGACGCAUGUUGCGAGAUACAGAUUUGCGACGUGUCUCAAGAUGUGCACGAGGAGCCCAUGGAAAAUGUCACUGUUUCCACAUCUUCUACAACUGAGGUACCUGCGGUUGAGCGAUUCUCGAUGGAAUCUCCCAAAUCUACAAUGCGCCCACUGGUCUUACUGGAACCAAUUGGCUCCAUCAAAGUGCUACAAAACAACAGCGUUCAAGUAAAUCUCAUACAUCCCAAUGACACGGAAGAUCCUAUUCACUUGUUGCUCAGCAAUGAUGGAGGAAAUACCUAUCAAGAUGUCGAACUCAGAUAUUCAAAUCUCAUUCUUAAUUUGGAGGGGGGUAAAGAUUAUAUUUUGAAAACAAAAGAAACCGGCACUAAAUUCAACUUCACUAUAACAGCAUCUGAUGUUGGUAAUGAAUUACCCGAAGAAGGGAUAUACAAUGUAACAAAAGAUGGAUGUUAUCACGACGGACAAUUUUACGCAGUUGGCGAAGAAUUUAACAUAGGAUGCACAGAACUAUGCGAAUGUACUGGUCAAGAUACUCGUGAAUGUGCUCCAUUACAUUGUCCGAAUCACGUUGGAUUGGAACUUGUGUCUAAAGGUUGUGUGAAAUGGGCUCCCAGUCCGCCACCGCAGCCGCCUAACUGCUGUCCCCGUACUGCUAGGUGUUUGAGUGAUGGAACUUGUCAUUACAAGGGAGUUGCGAUACCAAAUUGGAGUGAAGUACCAAUCGCACUGUCAGGGUGUGAACAACACUGUUUUUGCGAGAAUGGAGAACUGGAUUGUCAAGAAGCAUGUAGUCCACUGCCCCCACUGCCUCCACAAACUCUCAGGUGUCCCCCAAUGCAUCGACCGGCACCAGUUAAUAUAUCUAGUGACGAAGAUUGCUGCAAGGAAUGGGGCUGUGUGCCACAUGGUCCAUUACCACCAGGAUUCCCAGGAAAGCAGCCACCGGGCUUCCUUCCUACCAUCCCCCCCGACAAUCGAUAUCCAUCUGAAGACAAUCCAUUAGAAGACUAUGAGCAGAAUAAUAUUCGGAGGCCCAUUAAUAAUCCUUUGGAACCUGCAUUAGCUGGCCUUCCACCUGGCUUGCCUCUACCUAGUUUCGCGGAAGAAAAUCAAAAGCUUACGGUGAUAUCUUUGCAAUCCGAUUCACCGACAAGUAUUAAAAUGUUAUUUGGACUACCUCCUGUUUUAGUUGGUUUGCGGGGAAGCGUAGAUUUGAGAUAUACAGACACAGAAGAUGACGAUGUCAGCCAGUGGUAUUCACAAGUUUUCGCGCCAGCUGAUGAAAUAUUAACCACGCCUCGAUUGGAAUUCCGAUUGGGUGGCUUAAAACCUUCCACUGCUUAUAAAAUACGAGGCAAACUGUAUCUACACAAUCUACCUGUUGAACCUGAAAGUAAAAUUUAUACAAUUCGGACUCAAGAUUUGCCAUCUACGGAGCCAGCUGAAGAGAAACGUAGAGAAAUAGACUGUAAGUUGAGAGUAGUUGAUGUCAAUGAUACUACAGCACACCUAACGUGGAGACGCUUCACAGAGGAAGAGCUACAGUUUAUUGAUGGAGUUCAAGUUCGAUACCGUCCAGUCGGCACACCAAUAUACAGCAUGACGGAAUUACUUCAUCAUAGUCGUUCAGCAGCUGACCUUCUAGAUCUGCGUCCAGGCAGCAAAUAUGAGGCUUCCUUGGUUCUCAUCCCGCCCACGCGGUCCGCUACAGAACUAUUCGAUUCUGGUCGUGUAGAAUUUGUAACGGCUCCUUAUAUUGACCCAUACAACUGGACGGUGACAGUAGAAGCGCGUACCGUAGGCUCGGAAGCCGCGGAGCUGACGUGGCGCGGCGUGCCCUCGCCCGCGGAGCGCUGGGUGCGCGUGUACCGGGCGGCGCACGCGUGCGGCGCGCGCAAGGAACACGACGACUUUAGACUCGCAACACGGGACCUGCCGCCCGCUAUCACUUUGAUUGGGCUGGAGCCGAACUCGAGGUGUCGUGUGUGGCUUGAACUGUUUUUGACGAAUGGUAAAGUCAAAAUGAGUAAUGUACUGGAAAUACACACGAAAUCUUUGGACUCGCCCGAGCCAGUUGACAAUGAAAUAGAAGCGUCCUCAAUAGCGGGCAGCCGGGGGGCGCCGCGCGGCGACUACUACGGCGCGCUCGUCAUCGUCGGCGUUAUAGCCGCGCUGGGGGCGCUCACCUCUGUACUCUUGCUGCUCGUCGUGGUGAGGCGGCACCGCCCGCACUCCGUGCCGAUAACGCCUGUGCCAACAGCUCCUCGCGAGUCAUCUUUGCCUCCUUACGACAAUCCAGCGUACAAAUUGGAAUUACAGCAAGAAACAAUGGAUCUUUGACAAUUAACCUCCCGUGGCCACACGAAUGGGCUAAACGGGAUUUCAGAAAGAGCUGUCGACAUUGAUCGCCCUAACGGCCGGCCAUACAAUGAAAUGGGGGUAUAACGUGUCCAAAUAUAUGUAAAUAAAUAGCUGUGGACAAAGUGUAAAUGAAAUAACUUUGAAACAAAUAUGCUUGGUGCAAAAUUAUAUGCGUGUGUAUACUAAGGCGUCAGAAGAUAACGUUAGGUUGUUAUUAUAAAUGCAUUUGAAAUUGCAUAAUUUUUCAUAUUAACUAUUUCAGUUGCUAUUAAAUAAUGUUGUUUCUCUUGGAUUAGUGAGGAGGAGAUAUUAUAUUCAUCUAAUCUUAGCAGUGUUAAAUUGUGAUUAUUCAAACUUAUCAAACUAUAUUUUCAAUUGUUUCAUUUAAUAUUAUAUUUCGCAAAUCACAGUGACAGCGUGAUUUUUUUCAGUUUUAUCUAGCGAUUUAAAAUGCUACGCUAUUUAUGAAACUAUUUAUAAUUAUUGAAAAAAAGUGCCUAAAAAUUCGUAUCAUACAAGAAAUGUAAAUAGUGUUGAUAUUAUACUUAGACUAUUUAUAAGAUAAGCAUAUUGUAAAAAUAAUAAGACUGUCUUUCCAUUUUAUUUUGCUUGCGUUACUUGUUACGUUUCUUCAUUAUAUCCUACCGAGAUUAGGAUUGAUGCAAAUAUAUUGUUAAACAUUUAUUAUAUAAAAGAUGAAAACAAUAGGUAUUAUGUGAAAAACCAAUGAACAUAAUUUAUGUAAAUAUGGCAGAUUUUAGCAUAAUAAUAAUUUUAUAAAUAUGGUAAGAAGUAAAAAUAUCUAUGAUAUUAGGUUUCUGGGAACAGGGGCGAAUCCCUACUUAUAUCAAAUAUGAUUAAUGCGAAAGUAACUUUGUCUCUUAUUCAUGUCUAAACCGCUAAAUCGAUUUAAAUGAAAGGCACAGGUAUAGUUUGAGAUCCGAGAAAGGAUAUAUGAGUUAGUUUUUUUCUCGGAAAUACAGGAACUAAGCGGGAACACCCUUUGAAGCGCAAGCGAAGUUACGGGCGAGAACCUAGUAAUGUAGGACUUAAUAAAAAGAUAUUUCGAUGUUUUAAACAUGUACAAUCACAUUGUCAAUGUACUGUCAUACAUAAAUAUAUUUUCCUAUGUUGAGUUAUAAAGCAUAUCAAUACUACAAAACUUAAACAAAUUUCUCC